AUGGCGGACGACGGGAACGACGAAGCUGUGGCGCCACCACGGCCGCGCAUGAAGCCGAUCUUGCUCUACGAAGAGAUCGUGCUCGGCGGCGUGACGACAACGGGCGUCAAGUACACGUGCGUCGACGUGUGCGCCCGCUUCCUCGCGUGCGGCGCGAGCAACGGCAGCGUCUACGUCUUUGCACGCAGCCAGAAGAAGCAAGCAACGAGCAACGUACAGUUUCGGCUCCUCAAGAUGAUUGCUCCGCCCUCGUCGGCGAGCGAGCGCCACCCGGUGGCGAACCUCAGCUUUUGCCCGUCGCAGCGGUACCUCGUCGUCGGCACAGCCAAAGGCGCCGUCUACGCCAUCUCGCUUGUGGACCCCGCGCGCAUUGGCGAGAAGAUCGAGUUCUCGCAUGCGCUCCAUGUCGGCUUUAGCGUCAAUGCCUUCCUCUGGGACGCCGACGGCUCCCGCGUCUUCUCGGCCUGCGCCGGCGGUACGGUCGCGCAGACGUCGAUCCGCGCCGGCAUGUCGGUGCUUUUUGGGAAUACGACGACUGAGUUUCUCCUCAAGGAAGACACGGCGAUCGUGCAGCUGGACCUUGUCAAGACGGCGUCGCCGGCCCGCGACUACCUUCUCGUGUCGUCGCAAACGCGCGUGCUCAUUCUCAACCUCGCGGCGACAGAUGCAAAUGGCGUGGUGCAGGUCGGGUCCAAGCUGCGCCAAGGCAACUACGGCGCGUGUUUCUACUUGGACAACGACGAGAAGGACUAUCGCGUCUUCUCGACGCGGCCGGGGCGCCGUGUCUGGGUCGGCGACCCGUCCACCGGCACCGUCUCGUCGACGCUCAAAUUUUCACUGACCAAGCCGCCCGAGACCUUUUUCCAGGGCCCCAAUUUACCGCCGCACGAGCCGAUUUCGGUCAAGUCGCUCAACCUCUCCAAAGUGCACGUCUUCAAGUACAUCCACGAGUCGAUGGACUUUACGCCCGAGGCGCCGCAGCUCCUCAGCUGGUUUCCCGGCACUUCGGCGCUCUUCUUCGUCGACCCCGUCGGCCUUGAGCUUGUCGAGUGGCACGUCGACCUCGGCGAGAUCCACGACCUCAAGGUGCUGGAUGCCUCUGUGUUUGCAGUGCUGCACGGCGAUCCGGGCCGCGUCGCGAUCGUCCGCGCGUGCGCUGCAGUCGAAUUCCUCGAGCUUGCCGUGUCCAACGACGUGGCCAAGUCAAUUGAUCUGGUCGUCAAGUACAGCAUUCAAGACCUCGCGCUGCUGUUGAAUUUGCAGUGCAAGUGGACCGAGCACAUCAAGCAGCAUCCGGACGACGCGUCACUCGUGUCGGACUCGACGCUACAAGCCCUCGACGGGCUUAUCGAGGUUGCAGCCACGCUGCUUGAAGAACAGACCAAAGCGCCCGAAGCCGACAUUCAGCCGCCCCACAUCGUCUUCAAGCAGCGCCGGGAGAUGCCAGCGAUCUCGUCUCCGAAAGCCGGUGCGUCCAUCGAGACAGAGCUUCGGUUUGCGUUGCCGUCGGCGUCGGCCACGUCGUAUGGCCAACUGAACGUCGCGCCGGCGGUGGUCGUGGCCGAGACGGGUGCCAGUCGCAGCCGCGUCGUCGAGAUUCCAGAUCUGAGCGCCCAGGACAAGGUCGUCGACGAAGCGUGGCGCGCCGCGCACCUUCCGGCGCCGAGCGAGGCCAUCAACUACAAGCCACCGACGCUCUUUGGGGAGACGCUCGACGUCUUGGAUUUCGAGUCGCACUUGACGAACGCAACAUCCUCGCUCGUGUCGCUACUACCCGACAUGUCGUUUCUGAGACGAGACUCGACGUCCGACUUUGUGGAUGAAGAGAGCUUCCCGCCCCUCGAUGUGUUGGCGCCCAACCCGGUCUCGCUGGUCGCCGACCCGUCGCUCGCCCUGCGCAUCGUCAUGGCAGUCGAGACGACGUCGGAUGAAGACGCAGCGCUCAUUGUACCCGAAGCGGUUCAGCUCACAGAGCCCAGUGCGUGCAUUGAUCUGGCGUCGGACGCUGAAGUUGUCCUUGAGGCUAUCUCGAUCGAUUUGUGGUCGAGUCAGCUGCAGGUGCAAGCGACGCUGCCAUGGCUCAAGGAGCUCGAGGCGACGCCGCUGCCCGAGCCGCCAACGUCCGGUAACAGCGACGAUACAGCGACGCUGCCGCUGAUCGAGACUCCCCAGAAGUUCAUGGCGCGCGCGCGGUCGCUCUCAGAGACCAAGCGGUCGCUCAUCCAGCGCACGGUCAAGCGUCAAAUGGGCGUGUACCCGGCCGCGCACGUCGACUGGAAGUGGCAUCUCGGUGGCACGAUGCAGCAGUCGCCCGAAAUUGCGCCGAUCCUCGCCCGUCCGUUGCCGGAGGUUGAGACCGAAUUCACCGCGCUGGUCGCCGACGCCGACCAGCACCAAAAGCUCAUGCUGUGGCCGACCGUGCACCUCACGCGGUCGGCGGCGUGCCUUGUCAACCACCUCGUGCACCAAGGCGACUUGACGCGUGCGACGCUGCUCCUGCGCCAGUGGCUGAGCACGUUUGAUCCGUCGCUCGAUGUGGCCGUCAUUGAGAAGCGCAAGGCCAUCGAGCUCAUCAAGCGCUCGAAAAUGGCAGCACCGGCGCCGAUCGAAGAGAAGCUGCCGCUCACGCGCCAUGACUGGCGCCUCGUGCGGUCCCUCGUGUCGCUCUACUUUCUCUUGCACGCCGACGUGCCUCUCUCGAUCGAGCCCGCGACGACGCCCUGUAUGCUCGACAACCGCACGCGCAUGGACGAGUUUGGCAUCGCCGUGCUCGUCUCGGUGCCGCUGACGUCGUCGCCGUCACCGAAACUGCAGCCCUUUCUCGCCAAGUACGGCAACUACGUCAACUUGGAGAUGGCCGCGCAAGUGUGUUCGGCGCUCGAACACGCAUCGGGUCUCGAGACGGUGCUGAAUCUGGCGAUUGCCAGCGAGAACUUGGCGCAGGCAUGCGACGACCUCCUCAUGGCUGUCACCGAGAAGCACGAACUCGACCUCUCGCAGUAUACGUCGCUCUGCGUCUGCCUCCAUGUGCUCAACGUGCUGUUGAAGAAGGUGCCAAGCACUGCGAUCGCGUGGUGCGUCGAGCGCUACCCGUGUGUGACGCCCUGGAACGUCCAGACGGCGCUCUUUGGCUCCCAAUGGGUCGAGCUGGACACGUCCGCCCCCGGCGCCGACACGUAUUUCGCGUACCUUGGCGCGCUCUUGUCCAGUGCACACGACCGAGUCGGCUGCCGGGCGACGUUGGUGGAGCACUGGCUGCGUCUCUUCUUCAAGCGAGCGCACGUUGAGCGUGACGACGCCUUGCUAUUGACGAUCCUCGGGAAGCCCGAAGUGUUUGCCUUUGAUCGGGCGACCGCGUGGGACCUCUGCAUGCAGCACGACAUGUGGGACGGCGUCUUUCAGCUCGUGCUCAACGCGAUAGCGCAGCCGUCGACCCGUCUCGCCGGGACGUCCGAGCUACGGACGCUCGUGUACACGGUGCUGCAGUCGGAAACACCGUCGCGACUGGCCAUGCUCGGAGGGCUCUUUGAACGCAUUGCCAAGCUGCCGGACCCGACGCCGCUCCUGCACUGCGUCCUCGAAGAGAUGGAGACGUUUUGUCAGCUCACGACCAAAGACGUUGCUUUUGUUCAGCUGCUGCAUGCGAUGCUGGACGCGUGCGGCGUCACGCUCGGAAUGGAGCUUCUCGCGGGGUACCCGACACUGAUUGCGAUAGCACCGCUCGAGCUCUACCAAGCCGUCGUCGCCGCGCAGAGCCUUCACCAGCGGCAGCUGCAAGAAGUCGGGCGCAUGCUGGAAGGCAUCGACACGUACGUGUGGUCGUGCAGUCGGCGGCACCACCUCGCCUUCCCGCCCCAAGUCGAAGCGCUCUUCCGAAUCGAGAGCGGCUUCUACGACACGUGGGACACCAACAUGCCCGACUACACGCCGUAUAGCGCCACGAGUUGCGGCCCCGAGACCAAGGCGCUGCACCGAAGCUACGAGUCGCGCAACAGCGACUGGGGCGGUGACAUUCAACUGCACGACUCGCAGUGCGCCGCCUGCGACCUCCCGCUCAUCUACGUCCAAGACGAUGGCAAGACCAUGGAGGCCAUCUUGCUUUCGUGCGGCCAUGCUUUUCACGACUGGUGCCUCCCGGACCGCACGUGUCCCGUUUGCCUUGGCGCCCACUUUUGCUUCCAUAGCAUCGACACAUAA